UGUUUGGGACUUCUCUGGUUACGAGCCGUACUACAUGCUGUAUAUUUUGUAUAGGUAUAGGAGAUGUAAGUGUUUGGGACUUCUCUGGUUACGAGCCGUACUACAUGCUGUACGACCACUUCCUUGGUGAUAGCAACUGUAUACACGUGAUUGUGUUCAGCCUCACAGACACAUAUGACGAGCAGAUUGCCCAGAUUCAAUUCUGGCUUGGUGUCCUUAAGUGCCGGGUGCAGCCUCAUGUUCCUAUAGGCCAUUGUGGUUGCUUGCCCAACUCUCCCAGGGUGGUGCUGGUGGCCACACAUGCUGACAAGGUUGGCUGCCACAAGAACGCCAAAGGAGAGUAUGUGUGUCCCACUGCCAGUCGGGUCCUCACAAAGGCCAAACUCAAGUUCUCUUCAGACAUCAAUUUUGUGGAUCGGGUCUUCAUCAUGGACGCCAAUGUUGCCAUGUCAAAUGAUAUCAAAGCAUUCAAACAACAGAUCAACGAUAUGCGUACACAAAUCAUCGGGGAACUGCCCCGUAGUAAUGGUUUCCUGGAUGCCAUGGUAGCACAGUUGCCGUCCUGGAGACGGUCCUCAUCCUCCUUCCCAGUGUUGUCAUGGCAACAGUUUGUUGAAUAUGUACGAGCUAAGGUCAAUCCGCUGGCCGGAGAUGACCACAUGAAGAUUCUGGUAGAGGAACUCCAGCUUAUUGGAGAGAUUGUUUACCUGGAGUGUGAUGCCUCACAAGACCUUGUUAUACUUCACCCUAAAUGGCUGUGUGACGACAUCAUUGGCAACCUCAUUAGUCAAGAGAAGAUAAUCCAGUCACGCAUCACUGGCUGCUUCACGGUGGACGACUUCCAGUUAAUGUACCCAGAGACAGAUGCACUUGACUUACUCCAGGUGCUGAAGGCUUUAGAAGUGUGUACACAGUGUGACAAUGAAGGAGAGAUUGAAUAUGAAUUUCCAUGUUUAAAUUUCAUAGAGACACUGAAUGGGCUGUGGCAGAAGGAUUCCAAGAGGUUUGGAAAUGCUGUGUAUGGCGGAGUUCGUAUACAGACAGACCCAGAUCUGGGUGGUCAGCUCAAACAUCUAUUUGCACGUAUCCAGGUGUCACUGCGCCACAAUGUGCUUCAGGAGGCUGAGGACCCGGAUGCAGAGUUGUACCAGUGGCACCAUGGGUCUAAGUACUGCUGUGGGGAGAUGGAAGGCAUCAUGGGUAUGGACAGGCAUGAACAAUACCUAGACAUUAAAGUACGUGGACCAGCUGAGGGACGAACUCAGUUAUUUUAUUUCCUGGAGGAUUUAAUCCAUGUGGUGGAACAGACAGCAUUAAGUGUGUGUCCCGGCCUGUGUUUAGAGAGGCAUUUAUCAAGCUGUCUAAAUCUUAAAGACCAUUCCAAAAAUGUGCAUGCUUUCUCUCCGCUCCAUAUAAUGCGUGCACAACGAAACAAGAGUAACUGUGCACAGCUACCCGAUGGUCGGACUGAAGACCUGGCUGACCUCAUGUUUUUAGGGUCAUUAGAGGUCGUACAGAAUGUAACGUUAGGAAUAGAUCUACCCAUAUCACAUUUGACUGUCCACACAAGACGCAUUCUCAGUAACAUGUUGGACCCACCAGAACCAAUGGGGCGUGACUGGUGUCUACUAGCCGUGACCCUGGGGCUACAAAACCUGCUACCAGGUCUGGACAGUAGUAGUGCACCAGUCAACAAUGGUGAGAGUAAAACUGACCGAGUACUGUUAGAAUGGUCAAAAGUGGCCCCCCAAUGUACCAUUGGACAGCUGGUGGGUAAGCUGCUGGAGUUUAACCGUGAGGACGUGGUUGAAAUGGUGUUGAUCACCAGCCCAUUGUUUAAGGUGAUGAUGUACGAGGACCACAGCACUGAUGACAGUACCAUGCCGCCCCCCACCACGGCCUCCACCAACACUCUCUCCAAUCUCUCUAGAUGACAAACACUAGCCUAGUUCUACUUUAUAUUAAUAGAGAAGAUUCUCUGACCUCUCCAGGUGGCAUGGUGUACAUUAAGCUAUAUCUCUGUACGAGUA